AUGUUGGCGUCGCAAGGAGUCCUUCUGCAUUCUUAUGGCGUGCCUAUGAUUGUGCCCGCUGCCCCCUACUUCCCGGGACUGAUGCAGGGUAAUCAGGAAGCAGCGGCCGCCCCUGACACCAUGGCUCAGCCUUAUGCCUCAGCGCAGUUCGCUCCACCCCAGAAUGGCAUCCCUGCUGAAUACACAGCCCCUCAUCCCCACCCAGCGCCAGAGUACACCGGCCAGACCACUGUCCCUGACCACACAUUAAACCUGUAUCCUCCUACACAGACGCACUCGGAGCAGAGCGCUGACACCAGUGCGCAGACCGUCUCCGGCACUGCCACACAGACAGAUGAUGCAGCCCCGACCGAUGGCCAGCCCCAGACACAACCUUCUGAAAACACAGAAAACAAGUCCCAGCCCAAGCGGCUGCAUGUGUCCAACAUCCCUUUCCGGUUCCGGGAUCCAGACCUCCGACAAAUGUUUGGUCAAUUUGGUAAAAUAUUAGAUGUUGAAAUUAUUUUUAAUGAGCGAGGCUCAAAGGGAUUUGGUUUCGUAACUUUCGAAAAUAGUGCGGAUGCGGACAGGGCGAGGGAGAAAUUGCACGGUACCGUGGUAGAGGGCCGUAAAAUCGAGGUUAACAAUGCCACAGCACGUGUGAUGACAAAUAAGAAGACUGUCAACCCCUACACCAAUGGCUGGAAAUUAAAUCCAGUUGUGGGCGCGGUCUACAGCCCCGACUUCUAUGCAGGCACGGUGCUGUUGUGCCAGGCCAACCAGGAGGGAUCUUCCAUGUACAGUGGCCCCAGUUCACUUGUAUAUACUUCUGCAAUGCCUGGCUUCCCAUAUCCGGCCGCCACUGCUGCAGCUGCAUACCGAGGGGCUCACCUUCGAGGCCGUGGUCGCACCGUGUACAACACCUUCAGGGCUGCAGCACCCCCACCCCCAAUCCCGGCCUAUGGCGGAGUAGUGUAUCAAGAGCCAGUGUAUGGCAAUAAAUUGCUCCAGGGUGGUUAUGCUGCAUACCGCUAUGCCCAGCCCACCCCUGCCACUGCCGCUGCCUACAGUGACAGUUACGGACGAGUUUAUGCUGCCGACCCCUACCACCACACACUUGCUCCAGCCCCCACCUACGGCGUUGGUGCCAUGAAUGCUUUUGCGCCCUUGACCGAUGCCAAGACUAGGAGCCAUGCUGAUGAUGUGGGUCUCGUUCUUUCUUCAUUGCAGGCUAGUAUAUACCGAGGGGGAUACAACCGCUUUGCUCCAUAUUAAAUGAUAAAACCAUUAAACAAACAAACAAACAAACAAAAACAAACAAACAAAAAAAAACCAACCUUCCAAUGUGGGGAGA